ACACGACAAUGGUAAAACUAAAACCCUGACAACAAUGGUCUCUCUAUCUUCAGGGAAGAAGAAAGUCACUCCUUUGCCUCUUCGAUCUCGAUCCCAGCAUCAAAGAUUACCAAAGAAAAACGCAUGCUGGGAUUUAUGUUGGACAAUGCUCUGCAUCCAUCUCUGCAUCAUCUUUGGCUUCAUGCUCUACUCUGGGAUGAUCCAUGUCCACUUCUCUUCAGUUGGUGGGCAUCGGUUUGUUAGAGUGAAUAAUGCACAGUCGAGUGAUCUUACCACAUCUAUUGAAGAAAGAUUGGUGAAUAAACUUGUAUACGACGAUGAGUUGGAUUCCAGCGAAUCGCCAGCUCGGCCUACGGAUUUGAUUGCAAAAAAGCACCCUUGUGAGGGUUUCACGAGACAUCCUCCUCCAUCACAUUCUAGAAAAAGAACUGGGCCCCGAAGUUGCGAUGUUUGCUAUGUCCCUGUUGACGAAGCAGAAUCGUAUAUGCCAUCUUUGCCAUCAGAAUCACCAGUUUUGAAGAAUUUGUCGUAUUAUUAUGCUAAAAAUCCUAUACAGAAGAAAGAAUUGGCAAAUGGAGAGAAACUCAAAGGGUCUGACUUUGGUGGUUAUCAUUCUCUCAUGCUUCGAAAUAUUUCAUUCGAUAUACAAAAUUCGAUGAUUGUUCCCUGCGGGUUUGUUCUAGGAAAAAGACCUGGAAGGGGAACUGGGUUCGACAUUAACUUUGCAGAUCUUUUACAGAUGGAGGAAUGUCGUGGAAUAGUUGUUGUAUCUGCUAUAUUUGCUAAUUUUGAUGUACUGCAUCAACCAAGAAAUAUCAACGAAAGGUCAAAGAAAAAUGUGUGUUUUUUUAUGUUUGUGGAUGAAGAAACAGAAACCAUCAUAAAGAAAGCCGCUAAAGUUAAUAAAAAAGCCAAACAAAUUGGGUUAUGGAGAUUGGUAGUGGUGAAGAAUCUACCAUAUGACGAUCCAAGACGAACUGGAAAGAUUCCCAAGCUUCUAAUUCACAGGCUUUUCCCAAAUGCUUGCUAUUCAAUAUGGAUUGAUGGAAAGCUUGAACUUGUUGUAGAUCCUUAUCAGAUUCUUGAAAGAUUCUUGUGGAGGGAAAAAGCUGAUUUUGCAAUUUCCAAACAUUAUGCACGCUUUGACGUUUUCGUGGAGGCGGAACAUAAUAAGGCUGCUGGAAAAUAUGACAACUCCUCUAUUGACGCUCAGAUUAACUUCUAUAAGGAAGAGGGUCUUACUAAUUUUUCUCCAGCCAAACAUCCUAUUAUUAGCGAUGUCCCUGAAGGGUGCGUUAUAAUUAGAGAACAUACUCCUAUAAGCAAUCUUUUCGCUUGCCUUUGGUUCAAUGAAGUCGAUCGUUUUACUUCAAGGGAUCAAAUCAGUUUCAGCACUGUAAGAGACAAGAUAUUGUCCAAAGUAAAAUGGAGUGUUAACAUGUUUGAAGAUUGUGAACGGCGCAAUUUUGUUAUUCAGUCACAUCACAAGGAUUUGUUAGAGAAAAAGAAUUCAACAGCCACUCUCAAGCUUCCUCCUUCAGACACAGUGCCUAAAGACUCAAGUAGUGAACAAAGAUUGCUACCAACAAAAUCCACAAAGAACAUAAAGGAUGAGAAAAUUGAUCUAAGGCAUUCAUCUUCACGCACAUUGCCAAAUGACUCAAGUACUAAGAAAAGACUGAUAACAAUACAAUCAGUGGAGAAUGUAAAGGAUGAUAAAAUUAGUCUAAGGCUUCCUUCUUUGCAUAAAGUGCCUAAAGACUCCAGCAUUAUACAAAGACCGAUAGCAACUCAAUCGACAAGGGACAAAAUGGGUGAAAAAAUUGUUCCAAGGCAUCACAAUCGAAAACUUCCCCGUUCUAGGAGAAAACAUGAGACUUAAACACUAUCUAUGCUAUAUUGUUGUGGGGGUCAAAAGGCUUAAUCUGCUUUAUGAGGUAAGAAAUUAAUCAGAGUUUUGGCGAUAUUUCUUGUGUUCUAUAUUGAGAUGGAAUGUAGAGGAAUCUGCAUAGUUGUGUGUAUCCUCAUUAAAACUAACGUGCUACGUUAUAUACACUUUGUACUUUUGAAGGUGGUGCUGCGAUUUCUGUGUACUUUUUGGGUUGUUUCAUUAAAUAUUUAUUAAUGGA